UCAUGAAACCUCUCUCUCAGCAAUGACCAACAGCCUCAAGACACAGACACCCUGUAUUUCCGUGCUUUCAAACACAUACAUAGAAAGAGAGAGAUAAUUAAUUGGUGUUGUUUAUUAAUUAGGUACAAUUUUUUCUUCGAGCGGAAAAAUCCCUUUCGGGAAAUUUGCAAUCUGCUUUACUGUACUUGCCCUUACUGCACUUUCGGUUUCAAUUCAGGCAUUCUAACCUACACACCGAACCGCAAUGGCGUUGCUACAUGAAGAACUUCUUACAGAUAUAGGAAAAUGUCUCACAUGUUCAAUAUGCUUUGACAUUUUCACUGAUCCGGUGACUUUAACUUGUGGCCACAGUUAUUGUAUGAAAUGUUUAGAGGAUUAUCUACAUGGAAGAGCGAAGACGAGGAAGGAUUGUCCCGGUUGCAGAGGAAAAAUUCGAACAGGUUUUAAACUGAAUAAAAAUGUUCUACUUUGUAACAUUGUGAAUGUUCAUUACGAACAUAAACGUUUUGUAUCCACUGAAGAAUUUAUAAAAGGACAUGAAAUGGAAGUGGACUUCAAAGAGGAUAAAGCUGAAGAAUGUGUGGCCUCACACUCACAACAGACUGAUAUCAACAGACCAUCUGAGCUGGGAAGUACUAUUCAACAGCAACAGAUGGAGACCCCUGUUGUUAUAAAUGACACAAGCUCAGAAGUGACAGAUGACAGAUGUCCAGAUGUCCCAGCCUCCCAUGAUGGUCGGGUUCAGGAGUUGCCUAUCUCCCCUCCUUCAAAUGACAGAUACAGUGCUGAAGCAGGCUUUGCCCCUACACCCCAUCCCCUGCCUGGGGUCAGCUUCUCCUGGCUCACCUUCGACCCAGCCCUAGGCCACAGGAGCCUGACCUUCAUACCCAAAGAGCACAGAGUGGUGACCAAGAGGACGUCCUCCGCAUGCCAUAACGGCCGCUUUGACAUCAGCCAGUGGAUGGCGGAGCAGGAGUUCAGCGAAGGCUGCCACUAUUGGGAUGUAGAUACGUCGGCGAGCGUGGGCUGGGCCGUCGGGGUUUCCUACCUCAGCAUCGGCCGCAGAGAUCAGCUGGGUCGCACAGCCAACUCCUGGUGCCUGGAGUGGAGCAGGAACAAGCUCUGCUACUGGCACGAUAACAUAGAGGAGUUUAUCAAACAUGGCUGCCCCAGUAUCGUUAGACUGGCUCUGGAUGUGACAAAUGGGACCUUGUCAUUUUAUAGCCUGUCUGACAGUCAGACUCUGCUGCAUUGUGUGGAGGAGGGAUUCACAGAGCCAGUGAGGCCAGUGUUCUGGCUGUUUGGGCUGAAGCUAAACAAUGCUCUGUCCUUUCCUCCUUACGUGUCAUAAGGAUAUGUGAGGAUGGGGACAACAUAAAGAGUUGUCUGUUUACGAGUGAGAUAAAUAAAAUAACAUAUUUAGUAAUUAAUAUAUUUAGCACAAUAUUCCUAUUAGAGGUCAAAAUAAAAUGACAAUCACCCAUAUUUUUAAUGUUGCUUUUUUAUUUCACCCAAAGAGUGUAUGGAGUUUUGCGUUGUUAUAGUAGCUGUACAAUAUUUGUCCCCUCGCUCGCCUCGUCAGAGUCGGGUCGUAAUUUCAUGUUCAGGCUAGCUUGCGCGGUCGUAACAUUCAAGUUGUGUGCAGACGAAUGACUAAUAAUAUAAAUGUCAACCUCAGCAGCUACGCUUUAUGUCUGAGAGGUUAACUCUUUCAAAGGACCCGUUUGGUAAUAUCAUUCAGUGCAGGGCAUUUACUACAGUUAGGUUUAUGUUGGUGAAGCUCAACUGGGAAAAUGCAAACAAACGUAAGCCAGGCCACAUAGCGGAACGCUGGCUGUAUUAAACCACACGAGAACAUAAAUGAUUUCAUGAACGCAUUUGCAGAUUUGGUCUUCAGCAGUGGUGAAGAUGCGGAAGGACGUCAGAAUAUUACUGGUGGGAGAGCGUGAUUUGUUUUGGUCUACUCCGUAGUUCUGUUUUACUGUCAAGCUCGAACCUGCAUGCAUGACAGCCAGCUGGAGGAGCGAGUCAUGCUGAUGAAAGGACUCGGAGGAAUAACGUUAUCUAGCUAGCUGUGUUCCACUAGGUUCAUCCAGUUGUAUAGCUAACGUUACACUACCACAUACACACACCAUGGUGUUAACUACACUACUCAGCUAGUAGUGUCACAACAUGGCUAUCUAGCUAGUAUCCUUAACAAUUUGAUGUUUAGACCCAAGUGACAUUGGCUAUUUACCAUCUGCUGUGAGGUUGACAAACUGCCUGUCCACAUUACUUGUUUGUCAUAUCAAUGCAUGGUUUGCCUUUAUCUAAGCCGUUGAUACCUAAGCAAUCUAGAAUCGGCUUCCUAUUUCGCAAACAAAGCCUCCUUCACUCAUGCUGCCAAACAUACCCUCGUAAAACUGACUAUCCUACCGAUCCUUGACUUCGGCGAUGUCAUUUACAAAAUAGCCUCCAACAUUCUACUCAGCAAAUUGGAUGCAGUCUAUCACAGUGCCAUCUGUUUUGUCACCAAAGCCCCAUAUACUACCCACCACUACGACCGGUAUGCUCUCGUUGGCUGGCCCUCUACAUAUUCAUCGCCAAACCCACUGGUUCCAGGUCAUCUAUAAGUCUUUGCUAGGUAAAGCCCCGCCUUAUCUCAGCUCAAUGGUCACUAUAGCAACACCCACCCGUAGCACGCGCUCCAGCAGGUAUAUUUCACUGGUCAUCCCCAAAGCCAACACUUCCUUUGACCGCCUUUCAUUCCAAUUCUCUGCUGCCAAUGUUUGGAACAAAUUGCAAAAAUCACUGAUGCUGGAUGGAGUCUUAUAUCUUCCUCUCUAUCUUUAAGCAUCAGCUGUCAGAGUAGCUUACUAAUCACUGUACCUGUACACAACCAAACUGUAAAUAGCACACCCUACUACCUCAUCCCCAUAUUAUUUAUCUUCUUGCUCUUUUGCACCCCAGUAUCUCUACUUGCACAUCAUCAUCUGCACAUCUAUCACUCCAGUGUUUAUGCUAAAUUGUAAUUAUUUCACCUCUAUGGCCUUACCUCCCUACUCUUCUACAUUUGAACACACUACAUAGAUUGUUCUACUGUGUUAUUGACUGUACGUUUGUUUAUGUGUAACUCUGUUGUUUUUGUCGCACUGCUUUGCUUUAUCUUGGCCAGGUCUCAGUUGUAAAUGAGAACUUGUUCUCAACUGGCCAAUCUGUUAAAUAAAGGUGAAAUAAAAAUUAAGUUUGCCCUAGCUAAA